AUGGCAUCAAAAUCAGCACGUAAACAACAACAUACGGACAUUGAUAAUCUAAUCACUUGUGCGAUUUGUUUCGAUUACUUUGUCGAUCCACGCCUAUUACCUUGUUCCCACACAUAUUGUCUUAGAUGCAUCCAUCAGAUUGCCUUAGCAAAUCAUGGUCAAUUUAAGUGUCCUAUGCGUGAUGAAACCAGUAUAGAAAGAGAUGCUAUCGACUCAUUACCGAUCAAUCGAGCCGUGCGUGACAUGGUUGAGAUAUUACCACAUGUGGUGAAUGCCACUGGUCAAAAUAGACAGUCAUCUGUACCUCGGUGCGAUGAAUGUCAAUCAGCUGAAGCUAAGCUCUGGUGUAUUGACUGUGGAAUUGGUUAUUGUACAACAUGUGGUACAACGUUUCAUAAACGUGGACUUGCACACCAUCGACUAGUACCUAUUGGUGAGAAACCGAUCGAAAUCAAACGAUGUGAACAACAUCGUGACGAAAAACUUACGUAUUGGUGUAAUUGUGAAAAAUUAAUUUGUAUGGAUUGUCAACUACCCAAACAACAUAAAGAUCAUACAGCUGUUCCAAUAUCCGAAGUGACAGUGGACAUAACUGAAAAAGUUAGUAUUCAAUAA